GUUAUAUUCCAAGUAACAACGACAGGUCGUUUUCUGUAUUGAAGGUUUUCGUUGAAACGGCAUACAGUCUGCAAAGCUUCGACCUUUUUUUUUUUUUUUUAAAUCUCGUCUUCUGCUCUUCACCGGUUCAGAUUUGACCCUUUUCACUCCACUUUUUAAGAUUUGGGCUUUCGCUCGUCAGCUCAUCGGUAAAUGAACAAACGAAUGGUGAGGUCGUCUCUAUCGGAUAAGAGAUACACUUACAUACACCAAAGUGAAAGUGAGCCAACUAGAGGAGCCAUUGACAUCCACCAUGUGAUCAUCAAGGGAAGCCUUGUUACUGGUCAUUCCCGUCUUAGGUGGCUUGCUUUCUUCCUUGUGGGUUUGGCUUUUAUCAUGUUCUUUCUUCUUGGAAAGGACAAUCCAGUUAGGGAUCUUUCUUGGAGCUGCCUUUUAAGUGGUUUCUUUGUUAUGAUACAGAGUCGGAAGUUUGUCAAGAAAGAAUCUGUUAUAAUCAUGGCAACCUUGGGGAUCCAACUUGAAACUCAAUAUUUAAGUGGAAAAACUGUCACCAGGUUUAUCCCUAUUGGCAAGAUUUUGAAGCCUGUGCUGGUCGAAUGCGUCACCCCUGUUACAUGUUACUGGAGUCUCUCCUUGUUUCUGCGUGGCGAAGAAGAGCUUACAUUGGUGUUUAAGGAACUGCGUCCGUCAUUGAAGAUGUUGGUUCCCAUAUGGAAGGCACUGUGUGCUGUUACUGGCACAGAACAAAGCAAAAUGAUGACUGAAGAAGAACAUGUUGUAGCUGGUUAAGCAUUUAUAUAUACAUGUGAAAUAUUUACUGCCAAUACAAGCAGAGAAACAUGGGGUACGAUUUACAGUGUGACUAAGAGUAGCAAAUGGAAAAAAGGUAGUUAUUUACUGAGUCUA